AAGAACUGCAACUUCAAACAAGUAAGCAUGUCGUCCUCCAUAUCCUCAUCUCAACAGAGCUUUCUAGCCAACGUUCUCACCCCCCCACCCCACAAACCCAAAACCAAGAUUCUCAUUUCUAACACUUUCAUCUCAUGCAAAAUAUUUGAUGAAACGCCCAGAAAGGAUGAGAACAAAUUGGCAAAGUUGGCAAUGGUGACACUGGCAGCUGGGGUGUUGACAUUGGGCUCAGUUCAUGAUGCAUCAGCUGCCAAGUCUGGUGGGAGAGUUGGAGGCCAGGCGUUUCGGUCUUCGACUCCUCGGUCUUCGUCCCCUAGGAUCAACAACAAUUCAAGGACCAAUAUCUACAUCAAUCCUCCAGUAGCACCACCUCUAGUUGGUGGCUAUGGAUAUGGCUAUGGAGUACCGUUCUUCGGAGGCUGGGGUUGGUCUCCAUUUUCAUUUUUUGCCCCAGGCCCUGGUGUUGCCAUUGGCAUCGGUGGCGGGUUCCAACUUUUCGCUUUCUUUGUGUUUCUUGGUGCUCUUGCUGCUGUUGCAAGGAGAUUCACUGGAUCAAUAGACGAAGAAGAAGAUGAUUACUAGCAACAAACAUGUUAUACAAACCGAUGCUUAUAUGCUUCAUACUGCACUGUGUUGGAAAAUAUUAGUAUUUUAUUAUUAUUUGAGUUUGCUUGUUAGUUAGUGUGUGGGCCUAGCCCAUCUGAAUUAGGGUUUUUAGGUUUUGCUCUAUAAAUAUAGCUUAUAGUUUAGCAUGGAUAAAUAAGUCAUUCACAAUGUAGUCUCUUAGGGUUUUGUAGUCGUUUCGUCAUUCUCAGUUUGUUUAAUAAUACUCUUAUUAUUUUGUUAGUCUUGAUCGUUGCGCA